UCUUGCGCUGGGGAACACGUUUCUCUCUCUCUCUCUCUCUCUCUCUCUCUCUCUCUCUCUCUCUCAGUUUCUCUCUCUAGAGAGUGCUUGGGACUGUAGGAUUGGGAGACUGAAAUGGGUAAAUGGAAUUAUCGUCCACGGCGUAGAAAUUACCGCCAACAAAAUCUCUGGAGCUGGACUUCUCCCCCGCCGCAAUUUGAUUCCGAACUUCCCCCUCAGCCUUUGCAGGAUAAUGUGCCUUCCUGGGAAAAGAGAUUCUGCUGUGUGAUUGGAUCGGUUCCGUGGCGGAAGCUAGUAGCUGCCAAGAAGUUUAUGUCCUGCCACAGUAAUAUUCUCGAUUGGGAUGAUUCUGCUGUUGAAGAGGCAUUUCAGAAUGCCAAAUGGCGGUUUUGGGCAGAGAUGAAUGGCUUAACUUGUGACGUAUCUCUGCCCGACCCUGAUAUUUACAUCGACAAAAUAGAUUGGAAUCCAGUUAUCGAUCCUGAAUUGAUGAAGGAAUUGGAUCAAGCGUAUUUUGCUCCUCCCGAUGACGGGGAAGGGAACGGAAAAUUGUGGAGGAAAGACAAGAAGAUUAGGAACUCAUUUGCUGCUCCUUCCGGUGGUAAUAGUACGAAUCAAGUUGAUGGGGUAAAUCCGUGGGAAUGUAAUAAUGCAGAAUUUAGUGGAAUUUCUCAAAAUAAAGAACAUGGAUGGAACCAAUGGAAUGAUCCUAUAAACACCUCGAAGGAUGUAGACAAUAACGAUACUUCCUUGGAUUUCAAUACCACUCGUGGUGAUAGAAAUGUGCAAGACAAGGCAUGGGGAGAUCAUGGGAAGACAUCAUGGGAUAACAGCGAUUGUAAUAAAAGAAAUUGUGACAAUAAUGAAGAUGCACCGAGUGAUCAAGGGAAGACGUCAUGGGAUAACAGUGAUCGGAAUAAAAGAAGUUGUAACAAUAACAACAAUUUUUGGGAACACAGCUAUCGGGACUGCAUCUCAAGGAAGGGUAAUGGUUGGGAUUCUAUUUGGGACAAGAGUGAUUGGGGCUGGAACCGGCAGGAGUGGAAUAGUACAACAAAUGCUGACGAUCCAUGGGUGAGCAGUUCUAGCCAACAUCUUAGAGCUCAAAAUGAUAGAGGGUGGAGAAACUAUGGAGGAGAUGGUGCAAGGUGCUGGAAACAGUGGGACUGUCAUAAUAAUCAGAACAAAGAUUUUGAUAUUAGAAAAACCAGCAGCCGACGAGAAGCAUGGAAGGGGGAUUUCCAGAGAAAAGAAGGUUCUCAUAAUAAUGUAUCUGGAUACAAAAGCUCGAGGUUUCGAGGACAUGAAAAUCAAACAGUUGAUUGUUGGAGGAGGGGAAACAAUAAGAAGCGGGUAAGCUUUGCCUGAAGUCAAAUGUACAUGUAGAAUUGCUGCCUGAUAAUUAUAGAUAGCAUGAAGUUGUCUAUGAAUGAAGCAGUAUGUACUGGUUUUGCAGAGACCCUGAAACCGUGGUGUUUUCCGUUUAAAGUUAUCUUCUCCACAAGAAAACUGAUAGGAAGUCUUGGCUAAGGGCCAGGAGGGGUAUGGACCGAAUCAUAAAGUUGGACAAAAGUUGAGGAAACCUAAUCUAUAGGGUCUUGUUUUAGAAGGGAAAGGAGUGGAUAAAUUCUGGACCUUUUUUGUCACCAGGAGAAGAUCCAUUUUGUGGUCAACGCAACUUUAGAGUUUCUUUUCUUUACACUUUCUCACAGAAAAUUUUUGAUGUUGAAUUGUGUGUGUGUUUUAACCAGUUUACUGCAAAUUUGAUACUUUGGAAAAUGAUGUGAAUUAUGUGACAAUUCUGUCAUCCUUAAUGAGUUACUAUACAUUCUGCUUACCAUAUAACCAAAGUUCGAACUGUACUUGCUCAGUUAGGAAAAGCUAA